UUUUUUUAUAGAACUUCAGUCUGAUUAGAUCGUCGUUCUCACCUCUCCAAGAAAAAAAAAGGUGAAGAAAAUGUGGAGUAUCAUAAACACAUUUUCUCCAGUAGUUUACAGGAGUCAACUCCACAAAUAUCAUCCUAAUUCUCUGAAGUUAUUCAAUUCUACUUCAAUUCGAACUUCCCGACUUGCUUUUCCAACCUUCAGAGUCCGAGCUUCUUCAACUGCUGUCAUCGAAGCGAUGACGGAGCCUGUUACUACCGAUGAGAAAAAGCAUACCAAUGGUAGCAUUUUAGGUUGCCCAAUUUGUUAUGAACCCCUAACAUGGAGUGGUGAUUCAAGUUUAUCAAUAGAAACUGUCCAGGGCACUACCCUAGAGUGUAACACCUGUAAGAAGACGUACUAUGAAACUGGAUCCAGUUUCAAUCUCACUGCAUCAAGUGGAUCCAAGGAUUAUAGGGAGUCAAUGCCGCUAGUGACAGAGUUUUUUAGUACUCCAUUUAUGUCCGUUCUGUACGAAAGAGGCUGGCGCCAGAAUUUCGGGCUUGGAGGUUACCCUGGUCCUGAUAGGGAGUUUGAAAUGGCAAAAGAAUACUUCCAGCCCGUGUUAGGUGGAAACAUUGUUGAUGCUAGCUGUGGCAGUGGAUUAUUUUCAAGGCGUUUUGCCAAGAGUGGACUGUUUUCUCGUGUUGUUGCUCUUGACUAUUCACAAGCAAUGUUGCAGCAGUGUUAUGAAUUCGUAAAAGAGGAUGCAGGCUUCCCCAAAGAGAAGUUAAUUUUGGUCAGAGCUGAUAUCUCUAGGCUUCCAUUUGUUUCUGGUUCCAUUGAUGCUGUGCAUGCUGGUGCAGCAUUACAUUGCUGGCCUUCACCAUCCAAUGCAGUUGCUGAAAUUAGUCGAAUAUUACGACCUGGGGGUGUAUUUGUUGCCACAACUAACAUAGGAGAUGGACCUUUUUCUCUGGUUCCGUUUAGGAGUAAUUUCCGUGAGUACCUGCAGCAAUUUUCAGGAUCACGUAUAUUCCUAUCUGAACGCGAGCUUGAAGAUCUAUGUACGACCUGUGGCUUAGUGGACUUUAGAUGCACGAGGAAUGGGCUCUUUGUUAUGAUCUCUGCUACAAAACCCAAUUAAGCUUUCAAAUUCCCAUCUUUGUUCAUUUAACUUCAUGCACCAGCAUCAAUAGUAUCCUUGUAUUCACAGAUGCAUUGGUUAUAUGACUAGCAUGCAGGAACUUUUUCCUGCAUCAUUGUGGAUAUCAUUUUCCUGUAUAAUUCUUUCUGCCUGUAUAGUAUUGCUAAAUUCUUCUUGUUGAUACCAUCAGCAUUUGUUGUAACACCAUCAAACUUGAGGCAAGUUAUAAAGUACUCCUAUAUAUUAUCUGGA